UCGUUAUUUUGCCCCAGCACACUUGCGUCGUCGUUGUGACAGUUCUGAACUGUCACUAUCCACACUGAACAAAAUUUUGUUCCGAAUAUCGUGCAGAUAAAUAAUAUUUACGCUUGUAUUUACGAUAUUUACGAAAUAUUUACGGAAGUAAAUCCAAUGCGCUACGGAUCAACCAUGUGCCCAACCCCGUGUCUACAAAUCUUUUAUUUGACAUGUUCAGCAUCAUUUAAACAAUGUUGACUGACAUUGGAUGUGCUUUUCACCAAAAUAAGUGUGUUGUGUUCGGCAUCUGAAAUCAGCCAUGGCCACUAGUGUUAUGUUCUGGUUUACCGUGUAACUCGAAUACACGGACAAGGGAAACUAAGCACACCUUGGGGGGAGAAAAUAAACGGUCAUUGGAGAUGGAGGAUAAAUAAACAUACACGCGGUUUGGAGUGGAGAAUUAAAUUCGAGUUUAUUUAAUUAUUUUAUCCCGGAUUAAACUACAACAUUUGGCGACGAGACGGAAAUGAACCUACCGGACGCGUAGGACAAGAAGGUGAUUCAAUUCAACCGCGAAAACGCGGUGAACUGCUGAGUCAGCAUUGUAAACAAAGCAGUUGCGGAAGAGGCAGUGAUUAAAUUCGUUGGCGGGGUGAAGCAGGAGCCUGGAAAAGGAAAAGUUUGAUUGAAUUCGGUCGCUGUGAAGAAUCGGAACCACACGAAACGUAAACUAACGGGAAAGUGUGCAAGGAUGGAAACAGGAGGAACUUCAAGCUUGCCACCGUUUGUUCCCGGCGACACGUCCACGGUAUCUGCUCGCUGGAAGAAGUGGAAGCGCGCAUUUCAAAUCUUUUUGGACGUAAACAAUGUGGCCAUCCCUGCACGGAAAAAGUCCUACCUCCUGCAUUACGUUGGACCGCUGGUACAGGACGUGUUCUUCAGCUUGCAAGGUGAGGAAGUUCCAGAAAUUCCGGAAGGGAGCCUCGGAUGAUCUUCGAGCUACGAUCUUGAACAAGCCGCAGAUGACCUUGGCGGAAACGAUCGAGGCGGGUCGCUCAUUGGAGACUAUCGGCAAGCACCGAAAGACGUUGACGCUCAGUCCACAGCUAGAGGUGGUCAACAAGGUUUCAAACACUGCCAACAGGUCGAAGAACAACGCGGGAGGAAGGUGCUAUCGCUGUGGAAGAUCCGGCCACUUUGCCAAAGACGAUUCCUGUCCAGCCCUGAAUCAUAAAUGCGAGCGCUGCGGAUUCGUUGGACACUUUAAGAAGAGAUGCAACACGAAACGACGGAAGAGGGAACUCAAGGUCAAGCCUCGGCGGAAGGUGGUGACUGAUUCUGAUGACUCAGACGAUUCGACGCUGCAAAGCGGAAGUGAUUCGGAGGAGGAAAGUGUGAAGUAUCUGUUUGCAACUGAACCGGUAGCAAGGCUGUUUGUACGGUUGGAGGUGUCCGCGUAAAGUGGGUGGUCGACUCAGGUGCCGGCGUAAACGUCAUUGAUCGCCGAACCUGGGAACAGCUGAAGAAGCAGAAAGUGCGCGUCAGUCAUCAGACCACCGAAGUUAAAACAACGUUGAAGUCGUAUGCUGGACAGCCUGUGAAAGUUGCUGGAUUGUUCUGCUCAGAAGUAGCAACAACGAAGAAGACCGUUCGUGCUGAGAUCUACGUGGCGGAAGACGGAACUUGUUGUCUGCUGGGUCGGAAGACAGCACUGGCACUCGGAAUCCUCACUAUCAGCCCGGAGGGACAAAGAUCAAACGGUACACAAGCAUAUACAAGAUCAGGAAAGUGGUAAUGUUCGGAGGUGUACGGACAGUAUUCGAUCAAACCGGAAGAAGAAGAGAUUGUUAUGUUCUGGUUUACCGUGUAACUCGAAUACACGGACAAGGGAAACUAAGCACACCUUGGGGGGAGAAAAUAAACGGUCAUUGGAGAUGGAGGGUAAAUAAACAUAAACGCGGUUUGGAGUGGAGAAUUAAAUUCGAGUUUAUUUAAUUAUUUUAUCCCGGAUUAAACUACAACAACUAGCAUUUUCACAACAAAACUGCAUUUAUAUUUUAUGAUUGA